AUGUCUUCCCGCCUUCUUCACCCCGACGAGUACGAGCUCGCGUCACGCUCCUCGGUCGACUCCGAUGGGACCUUCAAUCUAGAUGAGGCCGAUUUCGAGGCCCAGGUGCCUCCUUUCUCCAGGAUCAGCAGGGUCGCGCCUGGUCGAUUCUCUUGGUUGCCCCGCAUCUUCUCAUCCUUCGGUGGCUAUAGCCGCCUAAAAACAAAUUCUCGACCUGUCUUGGCAUCCUCGUCACGCCCAUGCCUACCGCGCAUCUUCUUUCGUCGCCGGUGCUGUUAUCUUCAUGUCGUCUUUGGCAUUGUCCUCGCCCUCGUCGUAUUAACCUCCAUCUUCCGCCCGUCCUAUACCAGUCCACCUGCACACUACGCCCUUCUUCGGACAUCUGCUCGAGGUACGAACCAUGCCGGCCGUGGAAAUCCCCGCAAUGAGAAGGUUUUUAUCGCCGCCAGCUUAUACGAUCGAGGCGGCGAGCUCGCUGGAGGACAAUGGGGCAAUCAACUGCUACAACUGAUCGAUAUGAUUGGCGAUCAGAAUGUGUUUGUCAGUAUUUACGAAAAUGACAGUGGCGCGGAGGGGGAGAGUGCGCUCCGUGAAUUAGAGAGACAGAUUACCAGUCGAAAGGAUAUUGUGUACGAGAAGCAUCUCGACCCCAAAAGUCUGCCAACUGUGACCAUCCCGGGCGGCAGUCAACGAGUCAAGCGCAUCGAGUAUCUAGCGCAGGUCCGAAACAAAGCCUUGAAACCUCUCACCGACGACCCUAAUACUCGAUACGACAAACUUCUCUAUCUGAACGACAUUUUCUUUGAUCCAGUCGAUGCCCUACAGUUGCUUUUCUCGACCAAUGCCAAUGAAGAUGGCGUGGCUCAAUACCGAGCUGCGUGCGCUGUUGACUUUGACAAUCCCUUCAAGUUCUACGAUACAUAUGCCACCCGAGACCUUCAAGGAUAUAGUAUGGGUCUUCCAUUUUUUCCGUGGUUUUCGACGGCCGGUAAUGGUGACAGUCGAAGAGACGUUCUGCGAGGGAAGGACGCUGUGCGCGUUCGGAGCUGCUGGGGCGGUAUGGUCGCGUUCGAGGCGAAAUACUUCCAAACUCCUUUGACCGAGGGUACGUCACCAGCCCGCUUCCGAUCUGGCGCCGAUUUGUUCUGGGAGGCGUCUGAGUGCUGCUUGAUUCACGCCGAUAUUCAAGACCCUCAAACCAACGUGGAUGACAUUACGGACACUGGCAUUUACAUGAACCCCUUUGUGCGGGUCGCGUACGAUGCCCGUACGCUCUCUUGGCUCGGUGUGACGAGGCGGUUUGAGAAACUGUACUCUUUCCUCCAUAAUCUUGGUAACCACCUAGUUGGUCUUCCUUGGCACAAUCCUCGGCGAACCGAAGGCCCGGGACAGAGCGUACAGGAGACCGUGUGGAUCCCCGAUGUUGCCCAGGAAGGCGGUGGAUCUUUUCAAUUGAUCGACCGCAUUGCUGGCAAUGAUGGAUACUGUGGUCGUCGGGGCUUGCAGGUCAUCGUGGAGGACCGAAAGCCUGGUCAGAAAGGGUUCGAGAGCAUUCCUGUGCCAUCGAUCUAG